AAUUUGUUCUGUUUUUAAGUCAAUUUCAUAUGCUAAUUAGAAUCCUAAAAAAUAAUAAAUUUCGGAUUAAUUUCAUUUUUAUGAAAUAUGAUUAUAACUGGCUAUAACAUAAAUGAUCUUUAAAUCAUUUGUAAUAAUUAAGCUCUGAAGGGAAGAAAGACUGGUAAUGGAAAACGCAGAAGUAGAAAUUAGUACUCCUGGUAGUAGUGAAAAUCCGUUUGAAGAUUCGAUUGAUCAUCCUUACGAAAAUGAAGAUAUUUCGGAUAAUGAAGCAGAAGAUCAGAAACAUAGUAUCAUUCAAGAUAUUAGAGAAGAGAUCAAUGUUAAUCAAAUGGCAUUGCUAACGCCCACAUCGGCUGUGACGGACGGUGUUACAAAGUCUGAAUCUUUUUCAAGUAAUAGAAGUAAAGAUUUAACCUCAUCAACAGAAAAUUUAUUAGAUGAUUCAGCUUCUGGGAGCUCUCAGUAUAGUACAGCUGAUGAAUAUUAUAUUGACAAAGAGUGGCUAAUGCAAAAGAAGCACGUAUUCAUAUUAAGUGACGCAGGUAAACCUAUUUAUUCUUUACAUGGCAGUGAAGACAAAUUAGCCUCAAUAUUUGGUAUCAUGCAAGCAUUAGUAAGCUUUGUUCAAGGUAGUAACGAUGCAAUUCAAUCUAUACAUGCUAAUGGAAUUAAAUUUGUGUUUAUGGUGCGAAAUUCUUUAAUACUUGUCGCUGCAUCUAGAUCUAAAUUAAGCGUCCAUCAAAUGCAGAUGCAACUCAACGAUGUUUAUAAUCAAAUUUUGUCGAUACUGACAUAUUCUCAUAUGACUAAAAUAUUUGAGAAACGAAAAAAUUUCGAUUUAAGACGGUUACUAGCUGGAAGUGAGCGUCUUAUCGAUCAUUUACUAGUCAAUGAUAGCAGUAACAGAAAAAUUUCUAAUAAUGUUUUUACAUUUUUAACAAAUUCAAUAAGGGUUUUACCCAUGUCAGCAUCGGUUCGUAGUAGUAUAACUAGUGCUAUUCAGAGCAAUUGUUCAAAAAUACAAAAUUUAGUUUUUGCAGUACUCAUAGCUAACAAUAAAUUAAUAUGUUUAGUUAGAAUGAAGAAGUAUUUCAUUCAUCCUGCAGAUUUAAGGUUAAUUUUUAAUUUAAUAGAAUGUUCGGAAAGCUUUAAAACAGCAGAAAGUUGGACACCUAUAUGCUUACCAAAAUUUGAUAUGAAUGGUUUUCUUCAUGCUCAUGUCUCUUAUUUAGCGGAUGAUUGUCAGGCAUGCCUUCUUUUAUUAUCUGUAGAUAGAGAUGUAUUUUUUACGCUUUCUGAAGCAAAGAAAAAAAUUACUGAAAAACUAAGAAGAUCUCAUUGUUUAGAGGUAAUAAAUCUACAAAUUAAUAACAAAGGUGUAAAUUUGGCUUCAGCUGGAAUACCAGAACUUCGUCACUUCUUGUAUAAACCGAAAUCAACCGCCCAAUUACUAUGCUCGGAAAUAACAGCACCGUAUUCAUCCAUAUCAGAAUUCGAAAGAUUAGAAGCUAUUUAUUGUAAAUUGCAUCAUAGAAUACAUAAUUUGUCUAUGCCAUUAAAAUUGAUAUACGAAGUAAAAGAAAAAGAAGUAAUUCUUGCGUGGGAAACGGCAGAAUACGAAUUAUAUGCUACAUUUGAGCCUACUGUUGACAAAUCCUUGGUUAUAAAACUUGUUAACAAAUUAUUAAAAUGGAUUGAAAAGGAUGAGGAGAAUUUCUUUAUUAAAUAUCAUCCAACUUUCUAGAAUACAAUGUUUUCUUUUUUCUUUUCUUAAAAAUUGAUUAUUACAUUUGUAUUUAUCAAAAAUUGUCGAAUUUCGUUCAAAAUGAUAUAAUUAAAAAUGUAGAUUUUAUUUUAAGUUUUAAUUUUUUCUUCAAAUACAUAGCUCACAAUUAAAUAAUUCUUUAAUUACUAUUACUAUAAUUAUGUAACUACGUAUUAUAAAUUUUUUUUUAGUUAUCAAAGAUAUACUUACUUGUAAAAAUAAU